ACAGAAAUGAUGAACACAUUUGGAUAAAUCAGUUUAAAGCAUCGAAUGCAUCAUAGUCUUGAAUUAAAAACUGUCCUUCUUGAAUCCCACCUAAUAUGUGGCUUAAUGUGUGUAUGGGAAUGAAAAUCAUCCCACUUAAGUCUCACUUCAGUCUCUGUGCCAGGUGUUCUCGUUCUCAUGUGAAGAGGUAUAUUCUGUCGUGUAUUCCCCUGCUGUCAUGGCUGCCAGAUUACCCCCUCAAACAAAACGCUGUAGGAGACGUCGUCUCAGGAAUCAGCAUGGGCGUCCUGCACCUGCCACAAGGUCUGGCAUAUGCAAUGCUAGCUGCUGUCCCACCUGUGUUUGGCCUCUACUCAUGUUUCUACCCAAUGUUCAUCUACUUCAUCUUUGGGACUUCAAGGCAUAUUUCAUCAGGUACGUACGCAGUGAUAAGUGUGAUGAUCGGUGGUGUGACAGCACGCAUUGCUCCAGAUUCAAAUUUCAUGAUCUUGAGCAACGUCUCCAACGUCAGUAUUGUAGACACUGUGGCCCGUGACAACGAGAGGGUCAAGAUUGCUGCAGCUGUUACCUUUCUAGCUGGCAUUAUUCAGUUGCUUUUAGGUCUGGUGAAUUUUGGGUUUGUUGUGACGUAUCUUUCUGAGCCGCUGGUUAGUGGCUACACUACAGGAACAGCCAUUCAUGCCGUUGUAGCCCAGUUCAGACACACAUUUGGGAUCCACCCUAAACACUACACUGGACCCCUCUCUCUUAUAUAUACGGUGUUGGAUGUGUUUUCUUUGUUGGGUGAGACAAAUGUCACGACUCUGGUUGUGAGCCUCGUAGCCAUCUCGGGUCUGGUCGUUGCUAGGGAAGUGAAUGCCUGUCUGGCAAGCAGACUUCCUAUUCCUGUACCUGUUCAGUUUUUUGCUCUUAUUAUAGGAACUAUAGUGUCAUGGCACUUUGAUUUCAAGACGAAGUACAAUGUGCAUGUUGUAGGCCCAAUGCCAUCAGGUCUGAGGGCCCCAGCAAUGCCUGAAUUCUCUAGAAUGGGAUCUGUGGUUGGUGAUGCGUUUGCGAUGGCUGUUGUUGGUUACGCGAUCGUUAUCUCCCUUGGCCGACUCUUUUCUUUCAGAUUUGGCUACAAAAUUGACAGAAAUCAGGAACUAUUAGCUUUGGGGUUGUGCAACUUAAUCGGUGGGAUUUUCCAGUGCUUUGCCGUCAGCUGUGCCAUAUCUCGCAGUAUGGUGCAGAUUAGCACUGGAGGAAAGACUCAGGUUGCAGGUGCUAUCUCAGCUUUAGUGGUUCUUGUGUUCAUGUUAAAGAUCGGAAAACUUUUUGAAGACCUGCCAAAGGCGGUAUUAUCUGCUGUUGUUUAUAUGAACGUGCAUACCUUGUUGAGGCAGUUUGGAGAAAUUCCAUCACUCUGGAGGAAAGACCGAGUGGACACGCUAGUUUGGGUGAUGACAUUCAUUCUCACUAUUCUGUUAAAUCCUGAUGUGGGUUUGGCUGCGUCCAUCAUCUUCUCCAUGCUCACCGUUAUAUUAAGGACACAGCUAUCGAGGUAUUCUCUCCUUGGUCGGAUUCCUGGCACUGACAUCUACAAACCCAUAGAGGACUAUAACCAGCUUAUACAGAUUCCAGGUCUUGUGAUUUUCCGGUGCUCUGCUACACUAUACUUUGCAAAUGCGGAGAUAUAUAUGGACCAUCUCCUUGAAAAGAGUGGGGUAGAUGAGCCUAAACUCCUCUCACUAAAGAAGAAGUUAGAGGCAAAAGGACUCAGAGGAGAGAGGAAAGAGACAACACAAGCAAAGGGGGAGGCUCCAGAAAUGUCAGACAAGGAAGAAAAAUAUGCAGUUGCAGUAGUUAUGAGCCCAGAGCACGACCAGAGCCCUGACCCCACUAUACCUAAGGCCAUCAUCCUCGAUCUGAGUCCAGUGAACUUCCUCGAUACAGUGGGAGUGAAAACGUUACGCAGUAUCCAAAAGCAAUUUGGGGAUGCUGGAAUUAAAGUGUUCUUAUCAGGCUGUCAGCGAUGUGUUAUUGACCAUUUGGAGAAGGGGGAUUUCUUUAAUGACAAAGUCACUAAAACGAUUCUCUUUUCCACUGUGCAUGAUGCUGUUCUUCACUGCCAAGGAGAAACACACAGGAGGUCAGACAUCAACACACACCCUCUAAUUAGAGUCAUGGUAAUGAGGAAAUGCCACGUUUAGCCGGUUUUGCAUGGGGAAAUGCUUUGACAGCUACACUUACAACAUCCUUGCACACACACUCAGAUUGCACUUAAUUAGAGCACUGGCAAUGUGUAAAUGCUACAUUACUGCCGGCUUUCCAUGGUAGCAUUUAAAUAAGCCUUGUGAUGAUUGCACACACCACAUACGACCACACACAUGCACACACAUAUUAGAUCCAUUAUCACUGUUCCUGUACCAGAGCAAUUAUACGCCUGCACAGGCCAAUGCCAAGAAAACACAUG